UAAGAAGGGAUGAGAAAAAGUGAYAUCAGUUGACACAUCCGUGGAUUGAGAUCGAACGAAAGAUUGGGUAUCAUGGCAGACCAGAAGUCAUUGAAAAAGCGACUCAAGGCGUUGAUGCAACGGCCUGAAAACCAAGUGUGCUCCGAUUGUCCUGAAAAAAGGCCAACSUGGGCAUCCUUGAUUGUCCCUCCUCCCGGAGCUCCUCCCGGAACAGAAAAACUUGGUUUAUUCUGUUGCUUGGAAUGCUCUGGUUCACACAGACGACUUGGAGUACACAUCGCAUUUGUCAGAAGCAUUAAUUUGGACUCGUGUAAGAUUUAUUUUAAUCCUCCCCAGCUUCAUAGUUCCAGCCACGUUGUUAUUUUUCGUCCGCAGGCCUAACAAAAUUCUUUCUCGAUUCAUGUUCUUAGGGAAAGAAUGGGAGGUUCGCGCCAUGGAAGAAGGAGGGAACGCUAAGAUAAACGCAAUUUUUGAAGCGAACCUAGCGCGAUCGGGAAGAACGAAACCAACCAACCUCGCAGAUGGUCCCACUCGUGAACGAUAUAUUCGUGACAAAUACGAACGUCGAAAGUUUUACGAUCCUGCAGGUUUUUCUUUCAACAGUGGAUCAGCAGCUCCUGUCGCAGGUGGCACAACUGGUGCUGGUUGUUCCGAGGUUCAGGUGCGGCCUGGGGCACCUUCGGAUAUUGCUAGACGAAGAGUUGCAAACAGGCAGGCGAAGAUGAAACCACCGAACGUAGCUACAAGGGAAGCCCGMACAGUUCGGACUACCAAAGUCGCUCAAGCCCCAGUUUCAGCACCGGUCGAUUUUGACUUACUUGACUUUGGCUCACCGACAACAACCACACCCGCUCCAGCAACAAAUGCAAGGGGGGGGGGGGAUGUAUUCUCGUCUCCUCUUGUCCCGGCAGCAGCCGCUCCUACCAACCAGGUUACACAAGGGGCCCUUAAAAAUGCAAUCCCCCCACCUCCAAAGUCUGCACCACAGGCAACAACGCCAGCGACCCUAGCGGAAGAACUCAUGAAGAAUCCUGCUCCCGUAGCGACCAAAACUACGACAUCCAAUGACGACAUUUUGGCAUUGUUUGGGUCACCAAAGCCGAAGCAAAACCAACCUCAAUCAGGUUUCGGCAUGCAAGCCAUGAACCAAAUGGGUCCARGUGGCGGCUUCAACGCUAACUCGAUGACGUCGAUGAAUGGAAUGAUGCCUCAACAACAUGUCAACAUGAACGCCUUUGGUAAUCGACAAAAUAUGAUGACUCAACAACAGCACCAGCAAAUGAUGAUGAUGCAGAAUAAUAACAACGUAAACAACAUGAUGCCAAACAGCAACCAAGCAAUGGCAAAUCAAAUGAUGCAGCAGCAAAUGAUGAUGCAACGGCAGAUGAUGAUGAUGAAGCAGCAACAACAAAUGCAAAAUCAGUUUCAAAUGAAUAAUGCUGGUGCAAUGAAUAAUACAAACAUGUUCAAUUCUCCGAAUGGAAURAACAAUUCCAUGGGAAGAAUGGCAAACAAUAAUAACCACAUGAACUCUGCUAUCAAAGGUAUGCAAAACAUGAAUAUGGGAAACAACAUUGCAUCUUCCCAAUCAAGUGACGACGGUGGAUUUGGAACUCCCAUGGGUGGCAGUUCACAGCAACAAACUAUGAAAGACGAUGCCUUCUCUUCGUUAGGGGGUAUGAACGCUUUUCGUUGAUGUCUCCAGACACUUCAUUUUAAAAUGAUCCUACCACAGUAUGAAUCAAAAGACUAUGGUACAUUCGAUAUACGGUACAAUUUGUUAUCACUAUCAGCAUUGGUUUUUGUAAUCAUAGUAGUAGUAGUAGUAGUAGUAGUAGUAGUAGUAGUAUCGGACUAAAUCUCGUACAUGGAU